UUACUCUGCAUAAGCUCUGAGAUGUCAAUUUGCUCUUGGAGAAGCGUUCUCAUUUGCAUGUAAAAAAAAAAAAGAUGUGUGAAAGGAGAUGAGUAUUUUCUUGAAAGGAUCUCACUGAUAUGUUUAAUGUGACACACAUGUCAAGUUGUUAUGUGAGUGCAUAUUCUCUUUAUAGUUUAUGCUUUGUAAAAAAAAAAAAAGAGUAUUCUCUUAAUUGUUCAUGCCCUGAAAAGAUUUUUUUACAUUUUGUUUAUUGUUCUGAAAAGCAUUGACAGAAGUGGUCAUGAUCAUGAUGGCUCACCUUGGGAUCCUUAUGCUAUUAAGCAGGAUGCUUGAGGCAUGUCUGCAAUGAAAAUCAAUGGGGAUAGCCUACUACAAAACCACAAUACCUGUACUAUCACUCUCAUUCCUACCAAGCCUUCAACCUGAAUCGCACUGCUGCUAUUGUAAGGCUUUAGAAGACAAUACUGAAAUAACCUAAUAUUAGUCUAACAACCCAGCUUCUGUCCUGUGCUGUGAUCCCCAUCAAUUUCUGUCAGUCACAUAUCCAUUUGGAGGGCCAUGUUAGCUUAGCAGCCAAAGUCCUGGGGCUUCUGAACACUACGCUCGCUCGCCUAUCUGAAGCGGCAAGAUGUCUGCGAGGGAUUUAACCUUGAAGAAGUUAAGUCAUAGACCUUGUUGUGACACAGCCAAUGUUCUAUGGUGCCAAGAACGUGCCGCUGGGGCGUUUGAAGCAGCGUGUUCCGUCUCGAGUGGCACGGUCAGGCUGCCCACUUUGGCUGCUUAUUAUAGACCUUUAGCCAAUGUGGGGUCCAUUGUUCAUCUUGACUCAUAUUUCAUCCUCCAUGCAGGCGGCUGUCUGCAUAUGAUAAACCUAGAAACCAGGUUAAAGUGGAGUCUUUAACUAACAGAUUACUUACUUUGCAAAGAGUCUGCAACGUUGUCAGUCUUCUUGAGUAGAUGAAAUGGCCCCCUUAUUUAUUUCAAUAUUAUUAACCUUGAUGUGUUGAUUAGUCAUUAAUACACAUUAGUGUGUGUCCUGACUUUCUCCUCCAUUCAUACAUUAAAACAGAAAAUCACUACUCAGUCUUGUCCGUGUGGGACUCAACGACCUAUGUAAGCUCCUGCACAGAAUGUACGCCACGCAUGUGCCCUGGCUUGUACCCUGGCUUGUGCCCUGGCUUGUACCCUGGCUUGUGCCCUUGCUUGUACCCUGGCUUUUGCUCUGUACCCUGGCUUGUGCUCUGGCUUGAGCCCUGGCUUGUACCCUGGCUUGUGCCCUGGCUUGUGCCCUGGCUUGUACCCUGGCUUGUACCCUGCCUUGUACCCUGGCUUGUGCCCUGCCUUGUACCCUGGCUUGUGCCCUGGAUCGUACCCUGACUUUUGCUCUGUACCCUGGCUUGUGCUCUGGCUUGAGCCCUGGCUUAUGCUCUGGCUUGUGCCCUGGCUUGUGCUCUGUACCCUGGCUUGUACCCUGGAUUGUACCCUGUGCCCUGGCAAAUACAUGUGCUGAUUGAAAGACUGUUGAACAAGUAAACAAUACUAUUUUCAGACAGAGACAUAUCUUUGAGCUGACCUUUGUUCCCAGGACAGGAGGUAAAGCCGAUAGCUGUAAGAGGACACCCAGCACAUUGUAUUCUCAACACCCAUUUAACAGAACAGCCCACUCCCGAUAAGUGCACUUUGGAUAUGUGAAAACUCCUGUGCAAUACAGUUUUCAAGUCCCAAUUCAAUAACAUGUUAUUUUAUUCAUGCUUAUAACUGCAUGAUGUGGUUUAGUUCACUCUGUCACUCCAGUCCCAAGCCAUUACAUUUCCUGUAUCAGGAGUGGACUGAAAUGUUCCAUUUCCACAGCAUCACAGCAGUAAGCUAAGUUAUUCUUCACAUUCAUCUGCAUCUCACUUCUAUGAAACUGCUCACAUUAUAGAAAAUGGACUUACCUGCUCUCAUUUAUCAUAGCUGUUCCGGUGAGAAAGUGAUUUGCAACAUGUCAUGUUUGUACUGCGUCCUGCACAGUUAAAAGAGCAUGCUGAAGUACCCAGAAGUCCUCAUCAGAUAAUGGCUGAAAUUUACGUUGAUAGGGAACACAAUCUUCGUCUUCCUUUCUCUCUCUACAGAGUACAUCCGCGAAAAGGGGAAGAUUGUAAACCAGCAUAAGGAUACACAUUUGGUCGAAUUAGUCUUUGAUCUUUGCCUGGAGCGUGAAUUACUUUAAGAGAUUUCAAUGGCAGCCUUCCCUAUAUUUAGGUCAAAUUUGAGGGGAAUCUUGGGAUACCAAUUCCAGGUUUGAGGGGAAUCUUGGGAUACCAAUUCCAGGUUUGAGGGGAAUCUUGGGAUACCAAUUCCAGACUGAUAUCCUGUGCAACAACACGCAACAUGUUGUAUCCAACAUGAAUGGAUCUGCAUUAUAAACGGGGUGGUUCGAGCCCUGAAUGCUGAUUGGCUGACAGCUGAGGUAUAUCAGACUAUAUACCACGGGUAUAACAAAACAUUUAUUUUUACUGCUCUAAUUACGUGGGUAGCCAGUUUUUAAUAGCAAUAAGGCACCUCGGGUUUGCGGUAUAUGACCAAUACAGCACGGCUAAGGGCUGUGUCCAGGCACUCGGCGUUGCGUCGCGCUUAAGAACAGCCCUUAGCCGUGGUAUAUUCGCCAUAUACCACACCCCCUCUGGCCUUAUUGCUUAAGUAUAACACAUAGGAACAUCCUGAAAAUGUUUUGUAUUCAAAUGAGAAACACAGAGGCUGUCAUGCAGAAAGAAGCCUGCUGUAUGUCAUUGACUUAUUAUAUUCCCUUUCAUCAAAGCUCUGUCUGGAGGACUGUAUUAGGAGGAAAUAAUGGGCUUUUGAAAAAGACGCCCCACUUUCCUCCAGAUCUUCCGUAUUUAAUCAAUGCAAUCACAUCACCACAGCUCCACUCCUAGCUUAGCGUCACUACUUCUCAAACUCUGGAAAGAUACAGUACAUGCCGAGGUUCCACUGUACAAUGCAACACACAAACUGCUAAUCCUAUGCUGUUUUUCACCACCACAGAGGGCCAUUACUUCCCUUAGAUCAAGAGUCCUCUCCACAGAACAUGCAGAAGCUCUAAAUCAUUACCCUCUUUAUGAGAGCAUAGCCCCGAGCUUCCUAGGAAGCUGAAUUCAACCUGUAUUCAUGGUUUGAUAAAUGUGCACUGUGGAUGGGUUCCUCGGUGUAAACAAUAUAGUAAGCCAUUUGACUCUGCAGACGGGCCUGUAUUCAUAAGCUCUGAAGUGAGGGGGGAGUAUAGUGGAGGGCUGGAUUUACAGUAAAAAUAAGCUCCAGAAAUGCCUCCCACACAAUGAAUAUUGGGCUUUUUAGGAUGAAUCUUCUUGGCAAAUCAAAUUGAUCCAUUUACUUCUGAAACACUGAGGAAGAAGUCCUGGAUUCUGCGUUUCAUACCACUGGUAAGAAAUAAUCAUGCAAAUGUGCUAAAGGUGAAACUAUUUAAGUCAACAUUUAUCUUAUAUGAUCAAGCCAUUGAAGUUAACAGGACUUGUGCAUGCAUUUCCGCUCUCUCUGUUGGAUAUUUAGUUCUAACUGCUAUAGCAUUGCCUUUCAGGACAUUACCAUGACACACCUGUGAUACGUACCAGAGGUAGAUAUUCGGGGAGGAAAUGGGUCCACCCUGUAAAUAAACACAGGCUUAUCUUGUGAAAGCAGCAUGUGAAAUCCUGCUGACAUGAACCAUACAGCAUUGGCUCCAGUCAUGCACAGUCCACAUACAGUCUAGUAUUCAAAUCAUCUUUCAAAGGAAAUGAAAUGAAUCUGAAUAGAUAAGAUACAUUUUGCUUCUCAAAUGUUUAAAGGAGGCAAAAUGCACUGUAUCUGACCUUUUCUUUUUCUUUUACCCUGUUUUCUUCCCAAUUUCAUGGUAAUCCAGUUGGUAGUUACUGUCUUGUCUCAUCGCUGCAACUCCCAUAUGGGGGACACCUUUACAGUGCCCAUUGCUGUGUAGGUUCCUGCGCGCAGAAUCUUGGUGAGCUGAACAGCAGUCAUGCCGCCUGCCAUGGGAGGACCCCAGGGGUACACCCCUCCAGAGGGGGGCUGGGGCUGGGCAGUAGUGGUGGGAGCCUUCAUCUCCAUCGGCUUCUCCUAUGCCUUUCCCAAGUCCAUAACCGUCUUCUUCAAGGAGAUUGAGGUCAUUUUCGACUGCACCAGCAGCCAGGUGUCAUGGAUCUCUUCCAUCAUGCUGGCAGUGAUGUACGCCGGAGGUCCUAUCAGCAGUAUCCUAGUUAAUAAGUAUGGGAGUCGUCCCGUCAUGAUGUGUGGAGGAUUCCUGUCUGGCUGUGGACUGAUUGCUGCCUCUUUCUGCAACUCAGUGGAAGGACUUUACUUCUGUGUGGGAGUGGUCGGAGGUUUGGGACUGGCAUUCAAUCUGAACCCAGCCCUUACUAUGAUUGGGAAGUACUUCUACCAUAAGCGGCCCAUCGCCAAUGGAAUCGCCAUGGCGGGCAGCCCAGUGUUCCUAUCCACCCUGGCCCCUCUCAACAGCUGGUUCUUUGACCAGUUUGGUUGGAGGGGCAGCUUCCUGAUACUGGGAGGCUUGCUGUUCAACUGCUGCGUCGCUGGUUCUCUCAUGAGACCCAUCGGACCAAAACCACAGCCUGCCGUGAAAAGUGAAGAUGCUGCCAAAGAGCGUACGACAUGUGGGCAGAAGUGCAACAGUUUUAUCGACCUCUCGCUGUUCAAACACCGGGGCUUCGUGCUCUACCUCAUGGGUAACGUCAUCAUGUUCUUUGGUCUCUUCUCCCCACUAGUGUUCCUUAGUAACUUUGCCAAGAGCAGGGACAUCCCCAAAGAGAAGGCAGCCUUCCUGCUGUCUGUCCUGGCCUUUGUGGACAUGGUGGCCCGGCCCUCCAUGGGCAUUGUGGCCAAUACCAAGUGGAUACGACCCAGGGUGCAGUACUUCUUUGCCUGCUCUGUGCUGUUGAACGGUGUGUGCCACGUCCUGGCGCCCAUCUCCGUGGACUACACAGGCUUCGUUAUCUAUGCCAUCUUCUUUGGCUUUGCCUUUGGCUGGCUGAGUGCAGUGCUGUUUGAGACGCUCAUGGACCUUGUGGGAACGCAGCGCUUCUCCAGUGCAGUGGGACUGGUCACCAUUGUGGAGUGUGGGCCUGUCUUGUUAGGUCCCCCUUUUUUAGGGAAAUUCAAAGACAUCUACAAUGACUACCAAUACACCUACCAGAGCUGUGGGGUGAUCCUUAUCAUUGCCAGUGUGUUCCUGUUUGUGGGGAUGGGUAUCAACUACCGGUUGUUGGACAAAGAGAAAAAAGAGGAGGAAAGGAAGGCUAAACUGGAGGGAAAAGAAGAAGAGUCCAACAGGGACAAUGCUACCAAAGAAGCCACCGAUGACAGGGUGAGAGCAGUUGACGAGACAAAAACUGAAGAAGAAAUAAUCUAACUUUCUUUGACAUCAAAUUCACGCAUUCACAUGGUAUCUCAAUGCAGUCAUUGAGAUAAUGUAGACAUCAAAUGAAUUUGGUUCAAGUCUUAGACAGCAAUGUUCAUGUAAACAUAUUUCUUCACCAUUUCCACUUCUGUCAUUGAAUAAUGUAUCAUCAGCAUAAUAUGACUGUGUCAAGAUACAACUGCCCUGACAAAAAAUACUAUAUUUUACGAAUCUGGAGUCCAGAUAGUACAUUUUCUGCAUAAGUGUUGUGAUAUACAGUAUUUUAGAAUAUUAUUAUAUGCAGGUAAUUUCUAUGUCUAUACUGUAUUUGGAAUUUCAGAAGUCCACCUCAAAUAACUACAAUGUACAGUAUUGUUAUGUGAAACACUUAAUGGAUAUACUAGUUAUUUUAGAAGGUUUAAUGAAUCACUGUAACAUUUUGUUCACACUGUCAUGAUGAAUGGUAGGUUUCUUUAAUCUCCGAAAGCAUUGUUACAUGAAUAAUCAGGUGUAGUCUCUUGAUAUUCACAGUUCUUCAAUACAUCUUCAAAACAAUUAUAUUCCCGUGUUGACUGUACAGCUAAAAACAACACCAAAGAUAAUACAGUAUGAAGACUUGCAGAAACUGCUUCUGCAAUAGGAUUCCCCAAACACACUUGUGGAGUUGUCACUAUUUACAAAAAUUGGCUAUAUCCAGGGGCGCAACUUUGGUUUUAGAUGUGGGGGGGGACAAAACCAUUAUUAUUUUUUAAUCCAGUCGGAUAAACACUCCAAACAGCCUACCCGACCGCUCGGAGGUGUCUGCAUGGUCCUAAGCACAUUGUUGCCUUGUUUUGUAUCAUAUUCAAAUAAUAAAAUUAGGGAGGGACAAAAAUACAAUUUCAAAAUGUGGGGGGGACAUGUCCCACUCGUCCCCAGUGAAAGUUGCGGCCCUGGCUAUAUCGUUAAAAUUACGUAAACAAAAAUUGGCUUUUUGGUAUUAAUUUAAGUUUAGGCGUAAGAUUUGGGUUAAGGUUAGGUUUGAAAUCAGAUUUUAAAAAGAGAAAUUGCAGAAAAAGGCGGGGUUUAGCCAUAUUUAUCACUAUAUGCCUCUGGUAACUAAUGAUGACCACAUUUUGCUGUUAGCUAGCUCAACUCAAUGCGUAGAAACACAUCAUCGUGUCUAACGGUUGUCUUGCGCCAAAAUGGGAACGUGUAGGCCCUAAAAUCAAUGGCACUAAUUCAAUAUAAAUUUGUUUUUUACAAAAAAAUAUGUACGUGUCAGUUUGUCACUUUCACGAGGUUGGAAUAAUAACUACUUUAGCCAUUGGCUCGAAUCUAGGAUGUGCCUUUAGAUUUUGACAUUUACAGAAUUUUGCACUUCUAUCACUGACUUCUCAUUCCUGGCCUGGUCUUCUUGGUCUGUUUCGCAAGCGUUUCCAGAAGUCUAGCGAUGUUGCGCAUCUGGGCUUAGAAACUGUUGGUGCUUUCCCCCCCCCCCCCCAAUAAGAUACCCAAGUUUCCGACUUGAAAUUCCGAGUUGGAUGACUAUUCAAACAAAAGAAAUCCCAGUCUGAGCUAAUUUUUUUCCCUUUUCCCAGUUGUCUUGAAUGCACUGAAGUCGGAGAUUUCCGAGUUUUCAGUUGUUUUGAACGUAGUAUUUGUGACAACACCAAAGACAAUACAACACUCUUGAACUGUGAAGGGUGCAAUUGGGGGCGUUCCUGCAUGUGGGCAUUUCUGCAUCUGUAGGAACCCCUGUUUAUGCGUAAAUUUGUCAAUUUUUUUGCUAGGACCCGCAGGGGCACUCCAGUACAGUAUGUGGUGGUUAUGCAUUCCGAAGAGGCAGGGGGACAACGGAAACUAGUUAGUUAGCAAUGUUAGACAGUGUCCUUCGCCCCAAGCCUGUUGGGCAUUCGUUUCCCGCUGUUCUGUUAACAAGGUCGAGGGCAGUUGUUCGGCAGGCAUUUAGGACACUGGGUAAUAGCUAGCCAGUUAGUAAGCUAGGACUCCGGUACACAGUAGGUGGGAUAGGUAGCUAGCUAGCACACCGGUACACAGUGUACUUUGCCCCUGCCUGUCGGGCACUUUUUCCGGAAGUACUGUUAAUGACAGCAAGGGCAGGUUUUCGGCAGGCGUUUAGGACAAUGGGUGCUAGCUAGGAUUCUGGCAGGUGUUUGGCAAGCCGGAGCAAAAAACACUGUGUGAUAGCUAGCUAGUCAGCUAGGACUUCGGUACACAGCAGCAGAAGAAAGGUUGCUAGUUAACGAUAGCUAGGACACCGGUAGACAAUGUACUUCGCCCAUGCCUGUCAUGCACUAGUUUCCCGCAGUUCUGGUAAUAAUGGCGAGGGCAGGUGUUUAGCAGGUGGGAAUGAAGGACACUGUGUGCUAACUUGUUAGCUUACUAGCUAGGACGCCGGAACACAGCUAGCGGGGGCGACUCCGGCAGAUAGCUGUUGGGUGGGGUUCCUGCGGAUGCUUGGAAUUUCCAGUUACUACAUUUCCUGUCUUAACCUAUUAGCUACUUAUCUCUAGAUGGCAGUAUUUACUCUUACAUUAAUGACUCUUGAGCUCCUGAAAGUUUAUCCUCAUCCUGGAGGAAGUUGUUUGCACGUUAUAUUGGAAAAUGACACUGUAUAUCACUGUUACUGAUUGAUUUAAUUUUAAUUUUAAGUAACUUAAAAAAUAUUCCAGACAUAACCACCUUGAGGUUGCACUGAUGUAGCCUACUUGAUGAGAAUAAAGUCAUAAUUGUGAAUGCAGAAAUCAAGGGUUUGAUCCAAUGAAAGUUGAUAGGCAUUGAUUGUCAUGUGAUGGUACCCUGAUCCAUGAGGGAACAGACAAUCUUUGGUCAUCAUCAUAAUUUUCAUAUGUUCAAGGGCACUUGGAGGGUCUUGAAGGGAUCCAGAUUUUUGCCAGAAUUGACUUUUCAUAUCAGGGCUAGGAGAAAUUACGCAGCAGGUUAGGAGAAUUAGGUUACGAUUAGGAAAAGGGUUAGGGUUUACCAAAAUGCACAAAAAAAUAGUCUACUUUUAACAUACAUUUUUCAAAAGGUGGGUCCAAUCUAGACAUGACCGACUUGAAGGGAGACACUUUGACGUCAACACACAAAGACACUUUUAAUCAUGUGUGUCAUACAUGGAUGAUGACCAUGAUGUGAAUGGUUUUGUCACAUUUUAAUGAAUGUCUUUUUUUCUUUCCACAAAAUGUUUUACUGAAAUGGGAUGUUGUGUUCAUAUAACAAGGAGAGCUAAUGUAUUAUGAUGUAUUUAAAGACAUAUUCAAAAUGAGGAAAAUGCAAUGACAAACAAAUUAAGAGUUAUUUACUUUGGCCUAAGUAUAAAAUAAAAUAUCCCCACAGCUA